AAUCAUCUGAAAAUUUUUAGUGACAGUGGACCUCAGUGGACACUCCAUUAGAGAUCAAUUCUUAGACCAUAUAGUACAUGGUCUAAGGAUCAAUUAUACAAAUUGACAUCUGCGCACAGCGCACUAAUUACCUUCAAAUUGUCGUUGUUCUUCACAGUCGUAAAGGGUAGAUGCAGAGAACACACCCUAAAGGCAUUUGAGCUUGCAAAGAAUAAUAAUUAUGGAAGUCGCCUUCAAUUUUUGAUAUAAUUAUCCCACGUUAGAAUUAUUAUCUACAUUUUACUCAGCAGCACUUGUGAUCCGAGUGAGGGAACAGUGUGGGCUUUGUAUGAAAAUAAUUAUGUCGGUGGGUGAUGAAACAGAGAUUAAGGUUGAACUGAUUCAAGAAGAAGAAAUCAAUUCCUCCGUCUCAAAAAAUGUCGUUAUAAGGAAUGAAGUUUCAGCAACAAUAAAGGAAGAAUUUAAUGAGAGUAUCGGUGAAGAUUACUCUGAAAUUGUGUUUUACGGAGACCAAAAUCGUUUAGGACAGAGGAAUCGACAACGUGCCUUGAAUGUUUUUAAAUGUGCCUCUUGUAAUUAUGUUGCUAAGAAUAAAAUGUACUUACAACGCCAUUCCAAAGGACAUUUAGUGCAGAAAGUUUCUCAAAAUUUUUAUUGCGGGAAUUGUGAUUUCUCAACAAAAAACAAAUCAUAUUUAAUACGGCACCUUCGCAAACAUCGCUUUAUACGCAUUUCGAAAGAUUUUGUGUGUUAUAAAUGUAAUAGUUAUGCAACAAAUACUAAAGCAUCUUUGAAACGACACCUCUUAAUUCACAAAGAUUCUAAAGAUUUUAAAUGUGACUGGUGUGAAUUUGCAACAAAUAAUAAAUCAUAUUUGAAACGGCACAUUCAAAGGCAUAUUUUAACACAUGGCCCUAAAGAUUUCAAUUGUGACAUUUGUGACUUCGCAUCAAACGAUAGAUCAAAUUUUAAACGACAUCUUCUAAAACACCAAGCUUCUAAGGAUUUUAAAUGUGAUCAUUGUGUGUUCACAGCAAACAAUAAACAGUGUUUGAUAAGACACCUCUUGAAGCAUAGAGUUUCGAAAGAGUUUAAAUGUGACAAGUGUGGUUACGGUACAAAUAAUAAAUCACAUUUAAAACAACACACCUUAAUACACAAAGAAUCGAAAGAUUUCAAAUGUGACUAUUGUGAUUAUGCCACUAACAUCAAAUCUUCUUUUAAUCUGCAUGUAAAGUGGCAUCUCCUAGCAGAAAAUGUUUCAAAGGAGUUUAAGUGUGACAAAUGUGAGUACGCAACAAAUUUUAAAUCAUAUUUUAAACGACACCUUUUAACACACAAAGCGUCUAAAGAUUUCAUAUGUGACAAAUGUCAUUAUGCAACAAAUAUUAAAGCACAUUAUAAUGACCACAUCUUAAUACACAAAGAUUCCAAAGAUCUCAAAUGCGACAAAUGCGGAUUUGCCACAAAUAUUAAAUCCUAUUUUAAACGACACCUUUUAGUACACAAAGAUACUAAAGAUUUCAAAUGUGACAAUUGUGAUUUUGCAACAAAUAACCGAUCAUAUCUCAAACGACACAUUGCAGGGCACAAAGUUUCUAAAGACUUUUAUUGUGACGCAUGUGGGUAUGGAACAAAUAAUAAAUCACAUUUGAAGCGACACUUUGUAAUACACAAAGAGUCGAAAGGCUUCAAGUGUGAUAAGUGUAAUUAUGUUUCAAAUUUUAAGUCGUCUUUUACACGUCACAUUAAUGGUCAUGUCUUAAAAAAAACUACAAAAGAUUUAAAAUGUGACAAAUGUAAUUAUGCGACAAAUUUUAAGUCAUAUUUUAAACGACACCUAUUGAAGCAUGGUGUUUCAACAUUGUAAAUUUGGCACUUUCUGAAACAUAAGCCACGUUAUUAAUCUCAUCAACACAAUUAUUUAAUUCGUCACAGAUUUUAAAUCACACCUUUUGAUGAGCACAUUUCUAUUCAUUGUUUUUUUUAAACUGUGAGCUUUAGUCAUAAAAUGUGUGAAGUGUAUGCGCACCUUGAAUUUUUAAUAUUUUUAGAUGUGAUUCUGCUUCAAUUCAAUAAAUCAAAUUUUAAACCACCUCCUACUAUUUUAAAUGUGAUUUUACAACAAAGUUACUUGUAAUGUACUUACUUAUUUCAUGUGAUCUUCCCAUUUGUAAAACCUAAAUUACACGCAUGAAUUUUUUCUUCAAUUUUAAUGACUUCCUGAGUUCUCAAUACUAAAGUUUCAAGAUCCAUGUCGAUUCUAAGAUCAAUUUGAAGAGAUCCCUUUUAAUAUAUUCAAACUGAUCUUACAAUUGAUACGAAACGAUUCCAGAGAUUAUCAGUUUUAAGAACCCAAUUCCAAUGGGUUUUUAAAAUUGGUCAAAUAUGCGUAACUUAUUUGUUGUGUUAAAACUAACUAAACAUUAUAUCAUGUCUCUUGCUUAAUUUAAUUCAUUUAUGUGGUGUUUAGUUAACUUUAUAGAUAAUAGAAACAAACAUUGUUAGAGAA